CAAAUAAAAAAAUCAAACCACCACUAGUGGUGGUACGGUAGCAGUUACAACUGUAACAACCACCACCUGCUCUUCUCCGGCGACUCACUGCGGCUCGCAACCAUGUCUACGGUGGCGCAACUCGCCAUCAUCACCACCGGUUCCGCUAACUUCCGUCAAAAUUUCAAAUGCUUAGGGUUUUCUUUCCACAUCGACGGCCGUAAAUUGACCUCCGUUUUCACCGCCACAACCACCGGCCGUACGGAUACAAUCAGGAACGGAGCAAGAGGUCGUUUGAUAGUCACUUGCUCGACAGCUAAACCGUCGUCCUCUUCAGAAAUCAGUUCUUCAGCCAGGAUUAGGAGUGAAGUUCUCACACCAUUUAGAUCCGUGAGGAUGUUUUUCUACCUUGCUUUCAUCGCACAAGCUUCACUUGGUGGACUAAUAGCCAGCACACAACUUAUCGGUGCUCUGGCUAACCCAUCACGAGCGGGUGCUGUUACCGAUAUAGCCAAAGGCCUUGGUAUAGACAUAGGAGCCGCAGCUCUGUUUGCAUUCCUGUAUUACAGGGAAAACAAGAUAAAAAAUGCCCAAAUGGCCAGGCUCUCACGAGAAGAAAACCUAUCGAACCUUAAACUGCGUGUAGAUGAAAGGAAGAUUAUCACUGUUAGUGAGUUUAGAGGACUUGCACGACUUGUGAUCCUUGCUGGACCUUCGUCGUUUAUAAAAGAGGCUUUUGAACUUAGUGAGACGUUUACUGAACAACUUAUUGAAAGAGGGGUGCUUGCGGUGCCUUUUUGUACCGAUGGAAACGUGCCGAGUUUUGAGUUUGAUGAAACCGAAGAAACAAAGGAGUUGACAAAGAAAAGAAGACGGCUUUGGCAGCUCGUACCUGUUCUUACACCCGAAUGGUCUGAGUGGCUAGAUGAGCAGAAGAAACUUGCCAAUGUAUCACCUGAAUCUCCGGUGUAUUUAUCUCUACGGUUGGAUGGGCGUGUUCGUGGGAGUGGUGUGGGUUACCCACCUUGGAAUGCUUUUGUAGCACAGUUACCUCCAGUUAAAGGAAUGUGGUCUGGUCUUCUUGAUGGCAUGGAUGGAAGAGUCCUAUGAAAAUCAUCUCUUUAUCUAUAUUUAUGGAGGUUGUCACCUGCUAUACCAAUUUCUGUUAAUAUUCAGAACACUCAGAAUUUCAACCUUUCGGAAAGCGGAGAUGAUGACAGUUACGAAAAUACAUACACGCAAUGGCCUUGUCAAAUGAAUGGGAUAUCAACUACUUGUGCCGUUUUGUAUAGCAGGUGACAGAUUACAUUAUAAAUUCUGUAGAACCUAUAUCAUCAUACUAACAUUCAGAUAACGUUAUUUCUUUCCCAUCAUAUGUUUAUGGUGGAUUCUAAUGAAAAUAAAAUUAUAUA